UUGGAGGACACAGGAUGGAGUACGAGCGCAGUAUCCGCUGUAACGACUGUUAUGCAUUUGUGCGGCGUAGAGUCCGGCGAGAAGUUAAGUGAGAGAGAGAGAGAGAGAUAGGGAGCGAUUAACGAGAUUGAUCGACUGGAGAACACGGCGUGACACAGCGCACAUCGGAGGGAGCACAAGCGGAGAACGGAAGCAGCAAUAGCGCGAACGAGCAAUACGUCCGUGCGUCGUCACGUACACACGCGAAACGCGCACGACUUCGGCGAGAGGGGACUCCGAUCCUCGAGGGAAGCGUUGACGGCCGCGAAGGUGCGCGAACACGCGUACGGAUCGUCGGUCGGUGUGAGAGAUCACGGUCGGGCGUGGAAGCGAUACUCGCUGGGAAAACAAACAAACCGUAUAUCGCGUUCGCCAUUUUGCGUGCCUUCGCGCAAGUGGGAACGGUUGGCGUGGAGCAGCAGCAUUGUCACCGUGUCGGGCAGCGGGCGGAGCGUGUGUUCCUCAUUCGGGAGAGUAGGUCGCGCGAGAACCAGGAAAAAGCGUUGGAAGCAGUGGAAGUCGGCGGAGAGGAAGAGGCGAAGGAGAAGAGAGAAGACGAGCGGAGAGGAAGGAGGCGCGGUGGUGGCCAACGGUCACCGGAUGUGGUCGAAUUUGCGAGCGAUGCGCACUGGGAGGACUGCGAGGGAAGAGGAGCUUGAAACGAGGUAGCAUCGCGCUAACAGGUUCCCGGGGAGCCGCACCGUGCUUAUUCCUCCGCGUUGCCGUCGUCGUCGUUAUCGUCCCCACCAUCACUACCGCUACUACUACCAUCAUCAUCAUCAUCAUCACCACUAUCGCCGUCGCCGCCAUCGCUCUGCCCUGGAUACCGUGGCUAUUGCGCAGUUUGAAAAAUUGCUGAACACGGACGCCGAAUACGGGAACGCGGGAUAUCGUCUCCCGAGAGGCAACCCGCGAACGCUAACGUUGGGUUGGACGUGAGGGUGAGUGACGACGAGUAGCGAACCGACGCGAGAGGGAGGUGGAUAUCCGAGCCAUGACGAACUCCACGCCCAAGUUGAACAACAAAGUUGAGCAGCAGGCCUCGCCGAACGUGGUCGGGGCCGAGCGGCACCAACGCCACUGUCAUCGUUACCAUCGUUCGAGCAAGUCGUCGCCGUUCUUCCACAGCGGCGGCCGCCACGUGAGGACCAACAGCGGCGGCCGAUUGAGCUGCAGCCCGCAGCACUCCCCGUCCAAGAGCACGAGGAACUCGCCGCUACGCGGCGAGUGCAGUCCGCGCAACGGCAGCCCGACCAACAACAGCUUUUACGCGGGCGCCAAAUUUUCGGAACCGCCGUCGCCCGCGAGCCUCCCGAAACCGCCGAGCCACUGGGUCACGAGACUGAUGAACGGCUGUCACCAGUCGGUCCAGGAUAUCUCGAGGCACCUGACGAUGGUGCUGCAGAUCCAGGCCUGAUAUCCAAGCACCCAGCAACGCCGUUCAAGAGUCGGCCGCCGUCAGCAGCAGCUUGUAAAGAGUCAGGUAUGAUACAGA